AUGGAAAAAUUGAUGGAGCAGCUUCAAUUUGUAAACUUUUAUGGUAUACAAUGUGGUAGACAAUGGUGUGGUAGUUUGUUGGUGGCUGGAGUCCUAGUUACAUAGGUAUAGUCUAAUAUUUUUCCAGGUAUGGCGAUGGAAUUGUUGCUGUCAAAGUUCUACAUCGUGGAAGCACUGCAGAGGAAAGAGCUGCACUUGAAAGUCGUUUUGUUCGUGAGGUUAAUAUGAUGUCUCGAGUGCAACAUGAGAAUCUGGUACAGUUCAUUGGAGCUUGUAAGGACCCACUUAUGGUGAUAGUAACCGAGCUAUUACCAGGAAUGUCACUCCGGAAGUAUUUAAUUAGCAUUCGUCCAAAUCUUUUAGAUCUUCAUGUUGCAUUAAAUUAUGCCCUGGACAUUGCUCGAGCCAUGGAAUGUCUACAUGCCAAUGGGAUCAUACAUAGAGAUCUGAAGCCUGAUAACUUGUUGCUUACAGCAAAUCACAAGGCAGUGAAGCUUGCAGAUUUUGGUCUUGCAAGGGAAGAAUCAGUGACAGAGAUGAUGACAGCAGAAACUGGGACUUAUCGGUGGAUGGCUCCUGAGUUAUAUAGCACUGUGACACUGCGUCAGGGAGAGAAAAAGCAUUACAAUAACAAGGUUGAUGUCUACAGCUUUGGCAUUGUCUUGUGGGAAUUAUUGACAAACCGCAUGCCUUUUGAAGGCAUGUCUAAUUUGCAGGCUGCUUAUGCUGCUGCUUUUAAGCAGGAGAGACCUACCCUUCCAGAGGAUACAUCUCCCAAUCUGGCAUUUAUCAUCCAAUCAUGUUGGGUUGAGGACCCCAACUUGAGGCCCAGCUUCAGCCAGAUAAUUCGCAUGCUCAAUGAAGUUCUAUUCUCACUCUUGCCACCUUCAUCAUCCAUAGCAGAAUCUGAAACCAAUGAGGCAGCACAAACAAGUAAUGGAACAGUUACCGAGUUAUCAGUAGUACGUACGAAGGGGAAGUUUGCUUUCCUUCGCCAACUGUUUGCAAAAAGGGCUAAGAACUGAUAAUGAGGGGUAAAAUUUUGAAAAAAAUUUCUUGUUCCAACAUAACGUAGUUGGCAUGCAAUGGGACAGAUUUUGAUAGAAUUGCUGGUUAAUUACUUUAGUGAUUAGUGAACCACAGGAAUGUUGGAGACAAAGGAUGGUGGGGGAAGUGGAACUUUGUGCAAAUAAAAGGACAGAUCACCAUUACAUUGGUUUGUUGACCAUUUUGUAAAGGAGAUACCUUGUUUUUGACAUUUCUGUUAAUAUGAGUAUUACCCCCCUUCAGAAAAAGGCUAUCAACCUGUUUUCGGAAUUUGUCUAUGUCCAGCUGAAUUAAUCUUGUUACAGUGUACAAUAGCUACAGGUGACAGAACUGAGCUGGGCUGCUGAAGUAUGCAUAACAUUUGGGCUGGUCUUGGCAGACCCGGUUCUGGACUUAUGGUCUUAGGUUGGCCAUAUUUAAGACCACAACUGGUCUGUUCAUCCACGUGGUUUGACCGUUUCAGUUUGGUCUGGAUUCAGGUCACUUGACUCCAACAAAAAAUUAGGAGGAGAAUUUGUUUUGGUCUAAAAUAAUUCUUAAACGAGUCC